AUGGAGCACUUUAAGCAGUCAUGGAACCGGCCGUCUGAGAUCUGGGCACUUCUCAAGUUCAAGUUUACCACCAAGCACGGAGCUGACCUCCCGCCGCUCUCCGACUCGCUCUCGGACCUCGAGUGGUUGCAUGUCAAGCUUGUCCAGACCUCCCGUUCCUUUGCGGGCGUCAUCAGGGAGAUGCACUCGGAGCUCCAGCUUCCUAUCGCUGUCUUCUACUUGGUCCUCCGUGCUCUUGAUUCUGUGGAGGAUGAUAUGGCUGUGCCUGCUGAUCGCAAGGUGCCGCUCCUUCAUGCCUUUUAUCAUCUCUUUGAGCAUGGCGGCUCGGCGGAUCUGCUGGACCUGUCGAACAUCGGUGAGAAGCCGGAAGAGGUCGAGCUGCUCGACAACAUCCAUCGGCUCAUCGCUGUCCACGCCUCGCUCAAGCCCGAGUAUCAAGAGGUCAUUGUGGAGAUCUGCAAGGAGAUGGGUGCGGGCAUGGCAAAGUACCUGGACAAAGAGGUGGAGACCGAGGAGGAGUACAACGAGUACUGCUACUACGUGGCUGGCCUGGUCGGUGUUGGUCUCUCGGGCCUCUUUGCUGCCUCGGGACUCGAGGAUCCGCGCUACGCCGACAUGAAGGCCCUCUCCAACGCCUGCGGACAGGCGUUGCAGAAGACCAACAUCACCCGCGACAUGCAGGAGGAUCUUGGGGAGGGUCGGGUCUUCUGGCCCAAGGACAUUGUGCACCAGUACGUGACACGGAUGGAGGACAUGGUCAACCCCAAGCACCGCACCAUGGCGCUGCGCUGCCUCAACCACAUGGUCCUGCUCUGCGUUCAGCACGCCCCGGACACCCUCUCGUACAUGGCUGGCCUGGUCACUCCCGAGGUCCUCCGUUUUGUGGCCAUUCCGCAGGUCAUGGCUCUCGGCACCGUCGCCAUCCUGUACAACAACCCAGAGGUGCUGGAGAAGAACGUCAAGAUGCGCAAGGGGCUGACCGCUCGCAUCUUUAUGUCCAUCAACUCGUUUGCCGACGUCUGCCGCUGGUACCUUGUCUUUACCCGCCAGCUCCGCGACGCUGUCGGCUCGCCCUCCAACGAGGUCGAGACCCGCAUGGUCGCUGUCCUCGACAAGGUCGAGGCUAUCUGCGCCGAGCAUGUCGACGACGGCUUCUCCGCCAUGGACUGGGCCGUCGCCGGCGCCUGGGCCGCCUCCUCGGUCUAUCUCCUGCAGAAGACGCUGCACUCGCACCUGUGA